UCUGGUCCACAGACUUCCUCCAAGGUCCUAAUCCUUUCACAUGUUGAUUUUCUGUUAAUUUUGUUUCUCCAGGUCUUCUACACAAACCCUCGCUACAUCCUCUUUAUCCACCUAGUGGUGAAUGACAUGAUCCAAGUGACGCUGUCCGUGAUCCUGUUCGUCAUCAGCUACGUCAUCUACAGACUCCAGGUCCACGUCUGCUGCGUCCUGAUCCUGAUCGCCCUCUUCACCACGGAGAACACUCCUCUGAACCUGGCCUGCAUGGCCGUGGAGUGUUACAUCGCCGUCUGCUUCCCCCUCCGUCAUGUCCACAUCUGCACCGUCAGGAGAACCUGGUUUCUGAUUGGUCUGAUCUGGACGACCAGCAUGCUGUCGGUUCUUCCGGACCUCUUCAUCACUUUAGCCAUGGAGCCCGUGGACUUCUUCUACUCCCGGGUCUUCUGUCUGAGGCAUACUGUGUUUCCAGACCCUCGGAUCAUCCAGAAGAGGGAUAUCAGUUACGCUUUGUUCCUGGCUUUGGUCUGGAUGGUCAUCUUUUACACCUACUUCAGGAUUUUGUUCACGGUAAAAACAACGAGUCAAGACGGACGGAAGGCCAGAAACACUAUCAUCCUCCAUGGGUUCCAGCUCCUGCUCUGCAUGACCAGCUAUGCUAGCCCUGCGUUAAAAGACGCUCUGUUUCUGUGGUUCCCUCAGAACUACACCGACUCUCUCUUCGCUGUCUACGUCAUAGCUCAGAUCCUGCCUCGAUCCAUCAGUCCCAUCAUCUACGGUGUACGCGACAACGCCUUCAGGAAGCAUCUGAAAAAACAUCUGCUGAUUAGAGUUGACAGGUCUUGA